CGCACAUGGCGACGUGGCAGCACCAAACAAAUACAACAUUCUAUCCAAGUCAUAAUCCCAGGUCCACUUAACCCUCCAAUUCCUCAAGUGGCUACUAGGCUUACAGUCAUGACAGCGUAGGCGGUUAAAUAGCAACGAGGCAAAUUUGGAGGGCGGCAGCUUUCUCUCUUCAGUGGCCCAAAACCGUCUGAGCUGCGUGAUACGAUGACCACAGUAUGUGCGUAGUCGUAUAAUAUCCAGCAGCCGCUGGUUGCGGCUGGAAAGGAGGUUGGGCGAGGAUGCUCGCUCCACACAGCGCGACGCUGCCUCCUCGCUGCACAUGCCACAGCCAUGGCCUUGCACAGCUGCAGACAAGCGUGUUGCGGCCUUCUACUGGCUAUGGAGCGCAGCAGGCUGUUGCCCGUCCGCGGCCGGAUGCGUCGAUGCAAGCAAGUGCUGAGCCGGGCGACUCUGCUAACGCAACGGACCCCCAGCUCGACCACACGCAGCACCUGAGGCGGCGCAGCACGGCGGCAGUCCCGCCGCCCCGAGCCUGGGCUCCUUUCCCGCCGGCGUCACAGCAGGGGUCGGACAAAAGCCCCGCACCCGCACCCGCGCCCGCACCCGCAUCCGCGCCCGCGCCCGCACCCACAGCGACGCUCCCGCCUGCAGACUCCUCCUGCACCGCACCAGGGCGCCGCCGUCACUCGGGCUACGGGGCAUCAGUGCCGGUGUCCGUGUCCGUGUUUGCGACUCCAGUGGCCGUGGGCCCCGCACCUGCGGCGCCUGAGCCAGGCACUGUGCAGGACCAGUCCUCCGGUGCGCUGCUGCUGCCGCUGCCGGCGACGCACCCAGCAGCCGCCACAGCCACGGCCGCCUCGCGGCGGCGCAGCAGGCGAGGGGGCGGUCGGCGGGCGGCAGCAGCGCACCAGGGGCAGCAGCUGGGCAGGUGCUCAGGGGACGGGGAGGGCGAGUCGGCGGCGGAGGGCGACGCGGGGGAGCCAGAGGCGGGGGAAGAGCCCGGGGUGGUGCUCGUGCCGGUGUGGGAGGGGCAGCCGUGGCAGCAGCCGCGACGGCACGGGGCGGCACAAUACAGCGAGCAGCAGCGGCACCGGCAGCAGCAGGAGCUGCAUCCGGUGGCAGCGUUUGCGCCUGCCGCUGCAGACGCCACUGUUGCUGUCGGCACAGCACGUCCGGAGCAGCUCGGACCGACAUGGGGGGCCGCGGCCGCGGCUGCGGCUGAGGCCGACGUGAUAAGAGUGGCGGUGCCGGCAGACGCGUCGCGACUGGCAUCUGCCGUACCGCGGCCGCGGCUGCAGCAGCCGCAGCCGCAACCGCAGCAGCUUGAGUUGGACCUGGUGUAUUCGCGACGGCGAGCAGGCGACCUGUCGGAGGCGGGUGUCGCCGAGCAGGGCCUGUGCGGAGUAGCUCCGGCGAGGGAGGCAGCAGCGGCUGCAGCAGCAGUAGCAGCAGUAGCAGCAGGUCGGGUGGUUUGCAGUGCCGCGGGAGGCGGGCCUACCGCCACCGGGCACGCGGAGCGGCCGCCUCUCGGGCCGCGGCGCAGCAUGCCCGCGGGGACGCCUGCGGGGGCGGCUGCCGGUGUUGGCCGUGGUGGCCGCCCCGGCGCCCACACCGCCACCGCCGCAGCCACUGCCACGGCGGUCGCUCCAAUGGUGGAGACUGCAGGGAACUGCACACAGGAGGUUGAGCGGGCGGAAAGUCGGGAGCCUGGCGGCACGGGCUACGCGACAGCGGGCGACACCGGUGGUCGGGCCUGGGGCGGCAGUGGCAGCAGCGACGGGCCGCGAGGCUGGCGUCUUCGGGACGAGCCGGGUGGGGCCGCACCGGCGGCGUUGUCGUUUCGCUCCGUGGGAAAGGGACGGGCGGCGGCGGGCGCGGCGGAGGCGGCGGCGGCGCGGCAGCUCAUGCGCCAGCUGAUGGCGUGCCGGGACUGGCGGGAGCUGUACGAGGUUAUCAGCCCGUGUUUAGGCGGCACCACUGCUAGAGCCGCCGCAGCAGCAGCGACAGAAGGAGCAGUAGCUGAGGCUGGUGCUACUGCUACUGCCAUGCCGACUACAGCCAAUGCGCUGCACAUCACCGCGGCACUGAACCAGCUGGCAUCUAUGCAGCUGCCGCCGCCGCAGGGUACGGCGGCAGCGACUGCGGCAGCGGGACAGGGUGCGGUGGCAGUAGCAGGCGCCGGCGCUGCUGCUACAGCCGCAGCCGAGGUGCAGGAGCUGCUGGUGCGGCUGGAGGCGGCGUACCGGGCACACCUGAUGGCGGCGUGGGCGCCAGCCGGCAUCUCACACACAGGCCGCGGCGGCAGCAGCAGCAGCAGCAGCAGCAGCAGCAGUGGGAGCAAUGCUGUGCCCUUCGCAAGGCCCGGCCCUUCUGCGCAUGCUGCAGCCGCCGCGUCCUCACCUUCACUGGCAGCAGCUGGCUCGGGCUCGGGCUCGGGCAUGGGCACGGGCGCAGAGCCGAGGCUGGGACCGCGGCAGCUGGCGACGUGCCUGGGUGCGCUGGCGCGGCUGCGGGCUCGCGGCUGGCACGUGGCGAGCGAGCGGCGGCUGCUGCACCUGUCGGUGGCGACUGCGGCGCGGUGGCGGCUGAGCGCCUUCCCGCCGCAGGAGCUCACAACGCUGCUUCAUGCGCUGGCGACGCUGGGCCACCGGCCGUCCGGGGACUGGAUGGCGGCCGCGGCCGGCGCCGUAGCCGCCGCCGCGGCGGGGGGCAGCAUGUCCCCUCGCCAGCUGUCCACAACGAUGUGGGCGCUGGCGGUGCUGCGGCAGCGGCCCUCACGCGCGCUCAUGGCGGCAUGGGCGCUCGCGUCCUUGCAGACCAUGGCUCACGCCAGCGCCUAUGACGUCAGCCAGUCGCUCUGGGCCGUGGCCAAGCUGCACAGGGAUGCAGUGAUGGACGCGGCGGCGGCGGCGGAGGCGGGUGGCGGAGGCGGCGGAGCGGGUGGCGCAGACGGCGAUGGAGGAGGGGAGGCGGCGGCGUUGUGGCCGGUUGUGGGGGACCCUGUGCUGGCGGCCGCUGAGGGGCCGCUGGCGGGCGGCUGGCGGUGCGGGGUGCCGGUGGCGUGGCUGGCAGCGGCGAUGGAGCGGUGCUGUGCGGUGAUGCGGCCGGCGGCGCCCGUGCCGGAGGCAGCGGGCCGCGCUGGCGAUGUCAGUGCUACUUGGACUGCCCGUCGCGGCAGCAGCAACGCCGGCAGUAGCAACAGUCACGGCAGCGGCGGCAGUAGCUGCAAGGCCCAGGACGUGUGCAACGCGCUGUGGGCGGUGGCGCAGCUGGGCCUGCGGCCGCCACGGGCGUGGGUGCUGGCGGUGGCAGCGGGCGCUCUGUCCUCGCUGCCGCACGAGCAUCCCGCGCCGGUGCUGCCGCCAGCUGGUGCCUUGCCAUCGCCGUCGGGGCCACACGCCUCGACGAUCCACCACCACCAGCAGCAGCAACAACAACAUUACCGGGAACAACAGCCACUGCAGCAGCCGCACCACAAUGGCCUCGCCGGGCCGCGCAGGGACGGGCCUCACCGCGGCGCGGCGUCACUACCGGCGUUGUCGCCACCUCCUCUUACACCUGCACCACCAACGCCACCGGCAGCAGUAGCAACCGCAGCAGCAACGGCAGCAGCAGCAACAGGAGCAGCAACGGCAGCAGCACCGCCAGCACCCGGAGCACAGCGGUGGCGAGCAGGCGACGUUGCGGGGAUGAUGUGGGCCCUGGCCAAACUGCGUGUGCGCCCGCCGCCCGGGCAGAUGCUGCGCUUGUGCCGCGCCGCGGCCGGCGCGGCGGCGCGCGGGGAGCUGGGGGAGCAGCACUGCGCCAACGUGCUGUGGGCGCUGGCCGUGCUGCGCUACCGGCCGCCGCCAGACGUGCUGCGCGCGCUGGGCGCCCGUGCCGCGCAGCUGGCGACUCGGGCGGCGGCGGGGGCGGCGGCGGCGCGCGCAGGGGCGGGUGCCGGGGUGGCUGCUGCGGCUGGGCAAGGAGCGGCUCGGGGCGGUGUGGAGCAGGAGUGGACGGAGCAUGACGUCGCGGGGGCCGGUCCGCAGCUGGUCUCCACGGCGCUGUGGUGCUGCCUGCGCCUGGGCCUGCCGCCCGGCCGCGGCCUGCUACUGCCGCUACUGCGAGCCGCUGCAGCCGCAGCCGCCGCCACAUGCUCUGCCGCUACAGCCGCUACGCCGGGUUCCAGCGGCGGCGGCGCUGGCGCCCCAGCAGCCGCUGCUACAGCCGCUGCUACAGCUGCCGGCCGGCGCAUGUGCCCCCAGAGCGCCGCGCUACUGCUGUACUGCCUGGCGCGCAUGCGGCACCUAGGCUGGCUAGACCGGUUGCUGCUGCUACAGCCGCCGCCACAGCAGCCGCCACAGCAGCUGGCAGCAGCACCUGUAGCACUGGCAGUAGCACCAUUGGCGGCAGGAGCAAAAGGAGCAGCAGCCGCAGAGGAGUCUACUGCUACAACCGGGCGGCUUCACCUCCCCGUUGUGCCGGCGCCGGGCGGGGCCGCGGGUAGUGGUGGCGUUACGGAGAGCGCGGCGGAGCGUGCGGCGGCCUGCUGUGGCGGAUCGUGCGGCGACACGACGGCACUGCUGCUGGCGGCAGCUGGGCUGGACAUCAGGGCGGUGCUGGAGGCGGCGCUUCGGUCCGUGGAGGAGGUGGAGGAGGACACGUCUGACUGCCACGGCAGCAGCAACAGCCGCAGCGGCAGCAGCAGUGGCAGUAGCAACGACGCAGGCAGUAAGAGCGCCAUGUUGGGCGGCGGCAACGCCAGCAGUAGCACCAGCACCAGCAGUAGCACGCCCAGUCAUAGCGGCCGCAGGAUCAACGCGGCGGGCGGAGGUGCAGCAACAGGUCCUGCAACGGCACCGGCGGCAGCUGCCGGGGGCGCGCGCAGUAGCUUCCCGCCCCGCUCGCUGCCUGUGCUGCUGUGGUCGCUGUCGCGGCUGGGCUGCCGGCCGCCGGAGGAGUGCAUGCGGCGGCUGCUGGUGCACAGCGUGGAGUCGCUGCCGCUGCUGAGCCCGCACGAGGCGGCCACGCUGGCGUCGGCGCUGGUGGCGCUGCGGUAUGCGCCGCCGCCGCUGUGGCUGGACCGGGUCGAGCAGCUGCUGCUGCGCCGCCGGGCGGCGGCGGCGGCAGUGGCGGCGGCGCGGCUGGCGGAGCAGCUUGAGCAGGAGGAGGAGCUUGAGGAGGCACGGGAGGAGGAGGGGCGAUGGGAGGAGGGGCAGGAGGAGGUGGAGUGUGAGGCGGGGGCGACUGGCGACUGGGGGCGGCAAGCCAGGCCGACGGCGCGAGUAUUGUUGAGCAACAGGGCGCCGUACGUUGAUGUACGCCAGAGGCGGCGGCGGGCGGCGGCGGCCCUCCGUCAUGUGGCCAGUGCGCUGGCGCGGCUGCGGCGGAGCCUGGCGGCGCUGCGAGCGGCGGCGGCGGCGCGGCAGCAGGCGCAGCAGCAGCAGCGGCAGUAGCAAUAGCAAUGCUGUAGCUGUGGUAGUAGCUGUGAUUAGUUUAGCGCUUGACUCAAGGGAGGUGCAGGAGCAGGUCAGACGACACGCAGAACUAAAGCGGAGCGCGAAUCGUGGUGGUGGUGGUGGUGGUAGCGGACUGGCUGAGUGCGACAGGUGUGCGACGCCAACGCAACGAAGGCACCGAGAAGAGGCGGCGGGACGGAAAUACGGAUGCCGACUGUGGGCGUGUGUAUAUUGCUGUGCCCAUAUGAGCCCCUACUCCCGUUAUAUCUCCCCUUGUAAUCGCCGCAACGA